AAUCGGAUUGGGCUUUGACGAAUGAGUAUGAUCCAUCUUGUUUCUAAUACCAAUUGAUUUCCAGUCCCUCUCUCCUCUCUCUCUCUCUCUCUCUCUCUCUCUCUCUAAACGUGCUUUCUCAGUGUCGGUGGCGAUCGCCUUGAAAGCCAAAUUUAGCUUAUUGACAGUUUAUGCAGUUUGAAAGAUUAUUCCUGUGAUUGUUUAGUUGAUAUUUGUAAAGGACUCAAAUGGAUGACUCUGUGAAGCAAUUCCAAGAAAGUCUAAUUGAGAUUGAAAUUGAAGCUGAAAAUCUUCUUCUGGCUAGACACCAGUUGGUUGAAAAUGAUAGAGUGAGGAAUGGGAAUAGGGAAGCACUAACAGCUCUAAGGAAGAGGGCUCGGACUACAAAAACAAGCGUCCCUUCGUCUUUUGAGUCAAUAAUGAAGGAAAUUGAGGGCCCCUUAUCAAGGCCUCUGGUAAAGGAGGUGUGCACAACUUGUGGAAACCAUGACUCAAUGGAGAAAACAUGGAUGAUGUUCCCUGGAGCUGAUGUCUUUGCUAGGAUUCCAUUUCACGCAGCCCAUACCAUCUUGGAGAGAGGAAAGAGGAAGUGGGGAUAUAUUGGAAGAAAGAGCAAUCACUAUUGUGAUAAUGGCAAAGAUCAAGCACAACUUGACCUGGAUGCAAAGAAACUACAAAGUUAUGUGAAGGAGAAGUCCUUCAUGAUUUCAGAAAAAGGUGUUCUUGCUGACAAGAUCAGUCCGGGUGUUCUCAGAUCUCUUGUGUCCCUAACAGACAAACCAAACCAUUACUCAGAGAAGCAUAGUGUUUUCUCUUUUAUAUCAGAUGAGAGGUGUUUGAGGAAUUUCCAAUUCAGAACAGUGACAAAUUGAGUAUGCUUUAGAGACAGUGACAAAGGAAGCUUCAGGGAAAUGGAGAUAAUUCUCUAGGAAGGUAAGCCUCAUCUGUUAAAUAUAUAUAUAUAUAUGAUAUGUACUUUUGAGACCAAAUGAAUUGUUGAAAUAUUGAUAUGAUAAUGACAAGUGGCUGCUGUUUUGUGACAAUGUACAAUGGACAAAUUCGCUGUAAUCUCUUAUUUACCUUUGUUUUAUCCAAUGUGCAGUUUGAUGCAUCAUCUUAA